UUUGUGGAGUGAGUGAAUGAGUGAGUGAGUGUCCGGCUGUGGUGAUGUGUGUCUCAGGAUGAUCUCCGCCCGGGACACAGGCGAGCUCGCGCGAUUCUACACGGUUACCGACCCCACGACACACAAGAAGGGCUACACGGUGUAUAAAGUCACUGCCCGGAUCAUCUCACGGAAGAACCCGGAUGACGUUCAGGAGAUCACAGUGUGGAAAAGGUACAGUGAUUUCAAGAAGCUUCAUAGAGACCUUUGGCAGAUACACAAAAACCACUUCGGACAGUCCGAGCUCUUUCCUCCCUUUGCCAAAGCUAAAGUGUUUGGGCGUUUUGAUGACUCUGUGAUUGAAGAGAGAAGACAGUGUUCAGAGGAUCUCCUACAGUUCAGUGCUAAUAUUCCUUCACUGUAUGGAAGCCAGUUUAUACAGGAUUUCUUCAAGGGUGGUGAAGUGCAGGACUGCUCUGAACUCAUCGGCCCGGCUGAACCUUUCUCUGAUUUUCUGGCUGACAGUCUUUCAGUUGGCAGCACUGAAGGUGUUAGCAGUAGCAGUCAGCUGAGUUGCGGUGCGGUUGAUGCCGACUCUGUUGAUGCAGAUGUGACUGAUGUAAACGAUGGAAUGCCAUCGUGCAGCAUUUCUCCGAACCACACAGCAACACACAGCAGGCCAUUUACCGUUCCGCAGUCAGUGACGUCCCCGGUGUGGACGGGAGUGGAGUCCAGUCGUAGCAGUGGAGCUUUAACCUUUACCCCUAGUCUCAGGAACUGUACAGGGAAGACAGACUACCUGGAGAGAGCCAGCGAGCAGAUUGCUUUGGCCGUGGAGAAGGAGGUGGAGCAAGACUUUGCCGCUGCUUUUUCCUACUAUCACAAAGGUGUUGAUCUGCUGCUGCAGGGUGUGCAAGGAGAAGUGAGUCCCAGUAGACGAGAGUCUGUGAAAAGAAAGACUUCAGAAUAUCUGAUGCGUGCUGAGCUCAUUUCUACACACUUAAAAGACAGCAUGGGUCAGAGCUCCACACAGAACAGGGCAUUGGGUCCGCAGUGUUGUGGUGUCUCAUGGGUUGAACAGACUCACACAGAUGAACUGAAACACUACAGAGUAUUGGGUGUUAUUGAUAAGGUGCUGUUGGUGAUGGAUAAGAGAACGCAAGAGACUUUUAUUUUGAAAGGUUUGAGAAAAAGCAACGAGUGUGGACACGUUAAAAAAAACGUCAUUCCCCGUUCUUUACCCAACAUGGUUGGACUGGAGAAAUUCAUCAUCUCUGAGGACUCCAUAUUUCUAUUACUGCAUUAUGCUGAGGGUGGUAAACUGUGGUCUCACAUCUGCAAGUAUCUGCACAACAACAGUCCUGAGAAAAGCUUCGACAUCCCCUUCAUCCAGAAGCCCUACACUACUGUAGUCUGUUCAGCCCCGAGUCCCGUACCUACAGGGUCCAGCGAUUCGUGUUCUCAGCAGGGGGAGGACGCUGAGACCCAUCUGCCUCAGAUGAGCGAUCUGACGUUCGGGGAGGGUCCUUCAGUAGCCCCGCUGCCGGACUCCGAUGGGACGUCUGAAGAGGAGUGCACUAACAGCUACCUGACGCUGUGCAACGAGUACGAGCAGGAGAAGCUCGAGCCGGACGCGCUGGGCGUGGACCAUGACGCCGAGGAGGCGGUGGAGGAUGUUGCCGCGGUAACUCCUGAACUUAAUCGCACGUGUUCGAUGAUGAGCAACGCUAGCUUGUGCUCGCCGAUUUCAGAACAGGAGCUCCGUUUCUUUACGGAGGAUGAGCAAUCGGUUGAUUGUUUCACACGGUCGCCUGACUGUCUAAACCAAUCGGCAUCCAUGGACCUCUUCCGCAUCGACAGUAAAGAUAGCGCAGACACCUGCAAGACACAAUUUAUCCAUUUAAACCCCGAUGUUGAGGUCUCAGAAGAGCCAGAGGAAAAGCAGAUCGUGUCAAGUGUCUGGAGAUCAGAUAAUGAUCAGGGCUCGAGCGAGCUGGUACCGGUGAUUUCCUUUAAAGAGGCCAUACAGGAGGACACCGCAGACAACAGCACAGACGAGGCACAGCCGCCCGAUCUGUUAGUCAACCUCCCAGCGGUCAGAGGCGAAGUGCCAGACACAUCAGAAGAGAUUUUUACCGGAGGAGGCGUAUCAUUCGCCGCAGGGUCCAAAACAUCCCCCACGUUCGGCAGGCCGGACGUUCUUCAGCGCAGAGAGGAAACCGAGUCGGACCUGUCUGUCGAUUUGGCCGAUUUUGACCCUUUGGCGAAAAAAUGUACAGACAUUUUUGUGUCGGAUGUAGAGACUCUGUCUUCCCUUAAGCCUUCAGACGCAGCUGUGCUCAGACCUCAUACAGACUCUGCCAAACAUGAGGAUGCUGGGUCGGGAUCAGAGGAACUUCCAGGAACGGGUGAGGAUAAGAAAGUUUACCGAUUGUUUCGAGAGCUGGACGAAUUGGCAGAGGUGGCGUUAAACAUACGCAUCCCAGAGGCUUUGGUGAGGACUUGGGCAGCUGACAUGGUCGUGGCACUGGAUGCUCUGCAUCAGGAGGGCAUCAUAUGCCGAGACCUGAACCCCAGUAACAUAUUGCUGAAUCACACAGGUCAUGUGGAGCUGACUUAUUUCUGUAGCUGGAAUGAUGUCGAGGAGUCAUGUGACCCUGAUGCGCUCUCAAAGUUGUACUGUGCACCAGAAGUGGGCGGGAUUGCCGAAGAGACGGCAGCUUGUGAUUGGUGGAGUUUUGGAGCUCUUUUAUUUGAGCUUAUAGUGGGAAAGUCCCUGUAUCAAAGUCAUCCUGCUGGUAUCAGCAGACACUCAUCACUAAACAUCCCAGAGUUUGUGUCGGAUGAAGCUCGCUCUCUGCUGGAACAGUUGUUGCAGUAUAAUCCAUUGGAAAGGCUGGGCUCUGGAGUUGCUGGUGUGGAGGAUAUAAAGUCUCAUCCAUUUUUCUCAGAUGUAAACUGGUCUAGUUAAACUAUCAGGAAUGCGAUGAAAAUGGACUGAAAAGCGUUUAUUUCACAAACUGCACCAUCAUCUAUAAAUUGACUGUCAGCCAUGAGAAUGACCCCGUGUCUGUCGAACAAAUGUCAUGAUGUGUUUUUUAACCUUUUUACCUGGCUGGAGUUCUGUGAAUGAAUCUAUUUAUGAGGUGACGUCUUACAGCGUUUACUGUAAAGGUUUUUGAAACGCUUGGAAAACAAGCUCACCUGUUGAAAUCCCAAAUCUACCCAGAUUCAGUUCGGUUAAGGUUUUUGUUCAUAUCAGAUCAUAACUAUCAAUACUGCAGAAGUAUUACACGUCUCAUCUGGCAGACAAUAAACAAGACUUUAUUUAUAUCUUCAUACUACACACAUGCAUAUAUUUAAUUAAAAUAUUAUUUAGAAGUAAGCAUUCUCAGACAGUUAUUGUGCAUUUAUUUAAAGGUGCUCACAGACUUCAUUGCAUGUAUGUAAAGAGACCUUUAGUAAUGUGCUGUGUGGACAUUUACACAUGUAUGAGAUGUGAUUCUGGUUAGUGAAACUAAAACACCAAGCACAUCCUGGAAAUAAGCCUAUUAACCUGAUGUACUGAUCAUUCAAUAAAGUCAAUGAGCUUGUACGUUUA